AAUUUUAAAGCGCUUACUUCAAACUUUUAAACUUGUUUUCCUGGGAGUGUUUUAUUUAAUUAAAUAGAUCUAGAUUAUUUCUAGAUCUAAGUCUUAUUUUAUAUAAAUUUAAUAGAGUAGUCUGUUUUAGAGUCUACUGUGACUGUCUUAGUGUCUAGACUAACUGUCACUAAGUAACUAGUAAGUUAGACUACUCACUGACUGACUCAGUCUCAGUAAGUUGUAACACAGUUAACUCAGUUACACACUGGUCACUCAGUCUCAGUCACUGGUCUACAGUAAUAUAGUAAUUGAGUAAUAACAGUAACACUACUAACAGUAACACUACGUUAAAUCUUAAAAAAAAGAAAUGGAAUUUCAAAUUCCAUCAUCAAAAGAUGAUUUGCUGAGCAGAAAAGAUGCCAGGCAGUAUGUGGUGGAGGAUUUGCUUACAACCAGACAAAUAGCACCUGCACUUUCAGCAUAUAAAGCAGCAUGUCAGAGUCCAAGAGCUGUAGCAGAACAUUUUGAUACUUUUUUUAGUAUCCUCUGCUUGCAUAAAGAUUUAAGCGAUGACAUCAAGAGUAAUUCAUGGACAGGUUUGCUUGAAGGUUGCUAUACAUUCUCUAACCAUCUGUCAUCAAUUCUCGAGGAGUCAGAUCUAAGUAGAGAAGAACGCUUGAAUUACUUAAAUGGUUUAAAGAUGAACUGUUAUCUCUUGUGUCAGUACAUGGAGAUGUUUGAGUCAAUGGACACUAAGCUAACUACUCUUAGUGUUAAGGGCAAAGGCAGGAAGAAGAGAUCAGACAGUUGUUCGACAGAUUGGAAUGAGGAAAAGGAGAAAGGAUUACAACAACUGAAUGAUUUUAUCAAGCUGCCUCUGUUGAAACUUUGGAGUCCUCCUGUUGUUGAUGAGGAAUUUGUCAGCAUGAUAAGCAGCUGUGUUUGCAAGCUGCUUGAAAAUCCAUCUGCCACUAAAAAUAGAGAGUCACUCGUCACCAUAGCUCACAUAUUGGGUCAUCUUGUUCAGCGCUACAAUCAUGGACUUAGUAUGAGUUUGAAACUUGACCAACUGUUGAAACAUUUUGAGUUUCUUGUCUCCCCAUUGGCUCAGAUCAUAGAAAUCAUGGUUAAUGAACACAGGUGUAAAUCAACUAUUGCUGAUAUUUUCCGUGAAAUUGGAAACACUAGCAAUAAAGAGACAGCCAAGGACACCACUGCUGCAAAAAAUUAUGCUGGCUUUAUGGUAGAGCUUUCAGAGAGACUACCAUCAAUUGUACUCGCCUAUGUCCCGGUUGUUAUUGAUCUCUUAGACAAAGAGCCAUAUACUCUGCGUAAUGGUGUACUUGGAAUGCUGGGAGAAAUCAUUGUUCGAUAUCUGUCUAAAGAAACGGAUGAUAAACUACGCAUAACUAGAGAUCAUUUCUUAGACAAGCUGGAGAAUCAUAUCACAGAUGUCAAUGCUUUUGUUCGAAGUAAAACUUUACAGAUUUGGCAGACUAUUACAUCAGAAGGGUGCCUGCCCCUAACUCAUCAAGAGUUGCUGAUGGCUGCUGUCGUAGGGCGGUUGAAGGAUGUUUCCGUUAUUGUGAGACGCUAUGCACUACAGUUGGUAACUGCUUUACUCAAAACUAAUUCAUUUUCUUGUAAGCUAACUGCUGAGGAUCUGAAAGUGAAUUAUGAAAAAGAAAAGUUACUACUGGAUCAGAUGGCUCCAGAAAAUGUCUCUACAGAGAAUGAAACAGUUAGUCAAGAAUGGAAACAAAUCAAGGAUGAAUUAGCUUUACACAUAGAUGAAUUUAUCAAUAAUGACAAAGAUAUUUCUAAUUUGAUUUCUGAUGGAGACUCAUCAGACAGUGUUCUGUCCACCAUUGUCCAACACAUUGAUCAUAAGGAAUGGAUGGACGCAUUGAUGUUGGCAUCAGCAGCGCUGGAUAGUUUCCCAACUCUCUCAAUAUUUACACCACAAACUGAAAUCAGAAAAUCCAGUUUAGAUGAAGAAGAGAUGGAUACCACUGGUCCAGAUACAAACAAAUUACUAUCAGCUGUAAAAGAAAUUUAUUUUUCUGUGAAGUGUCCAGUGCAAGUUCAAGAUACAGAAGACCAAACAGUGGCCAAACAAAAAACUUUGGUCCAGUAUCUCCAGAUAACAAUGACAUUCUCUGCUCAAGUCCAGCAAUGCAUUCCAGUCAUCUGUAAGCUUUUGUGCUCUAAAAAUAGCACUGAUGUCAUUGAGGCUAUUCAGUUCUUUGUUACAGCUGUACAGCUAGGUGUCUCGGCUGCCCAUACUGGUAUUCGUCAUAUGAUGAAACUCAUUUGGUCUAAGGAAGCAUCAAUUCGGGAAGCUGUAGUGCAGGCUUUUACAACCUUGUAUUUGAGUUCCACUGAGACAAACAAAAAGAAAUUUGCUUCAUCGGUUGUAGACAAUUUGUCAUCUUUUUUUGUGGGCAUGACACUUGGUGACUUGAUGUCUUUUGAAGCUCUAAUUGCUGAACUGGUUGGGCAAGGUCAUAUAGAUAAAGAUGUUAUCAGAGUUUUGUGGAACAGGUUUACUAAAGGUGCUCAGGAUGCUCUCUGGGCCAUCAACUUACUUGCAAUGUGUGCUGGAGCUGAACCAGACAUUGUCAGCAGCAAUCUUGAAGUUCUUGUUGGAGAAGGUCUCGGCCCGAAUGGUGAAAAGGAUUAUUUGUUGGCUCAAGGCACUUGUAAAGCAUUGCUUAAGUGUGUACCCAAAGCAUCCAAGGAAAAAGGAAAACUACAAUCUCAGUCAUAUAGACUAGGAAUAGAUCAUAACAUCUUUACCAGGCUCCAGAGCAUCCUAUUGAAAGGUGUGACAGAUGCAACAAGAAAUGGCUGGAUCCCCUUAUGUGAGCUGGCCCUGGAAGUGAUCUAUAAACUGUGUGAUAUGCCAGCCAAAGUGGCUGCCGAUCUUCUUAAGCAGCUGUUUAGUGUCAUGAAGCAAACUUGUUCUGAUGAGAUGGCGCUUCAGCAGGCUGCAGGAGAAGGUGAUGGUGAAGGACUUGAUAAUUCAGCCAAAUCCAGUUUAGUCUCCUGUGUAAUGGCUAGAGUGCUGUUUGCUGCUGGGGAAGUAGCUUUCAGACAAAUGGUGUUUAUGGAAGUCGAUGUUCUGACUGAGAUGAAACGGAGGCAGGCUCUUAAUGAGGAAAACAAAAAGGGUCGCAGAAAAUCCAAAGGCACUGAUAUUAGCAAGGCAUCAGAGCUAGAAGAAGAUAUGGCUUUGGCUGGGGCAUCAGCUGAUGAUACGGAAGCUGAAUUUAUUAAAUUUUGUCUAUCUGACCUUCUAAUUGAAAACAGUCUAUUGGCUCAGUUUGUCCCCAUUAUUGUAGAAGUUUGCAAUAACAGUGCUAGAUUUCCUGAUCCUCUACUCCAGAAAGUAGCCAGUUUGGCUCUAGCUAAAUUUUGUUUGAUCAAUGAAAAAUGCUGUGAUCAGCACCUACAACUGUUGUUCACUCUACUGGAGAAGUCGUCCUCGUCAAUCAUUCGAUCCAAUCUAAUUAUAGCUUUAUCUGACCUGAGUGUUCGAUUUCCUAAUUUGAUAGAACCUUGGACUCCUCAUCUGUAUGCAAGACUACGUGACAAUUCAUCGGAUGUUAGAAAAACCACGCUAAAUGUCCUGACUCAUCUGAUACUGAAUGAUAUGGUCAAGGUCAAAGGGCAGAUCUCUGAACUAGCAGUUUGUAUUGUCGAUCCAGACGUUUCCAUCUCUGGUCAGGCUAAAUUGUUUUUUCAUGAACUGGCUAAAAAGAGUAAUUCUAUGUACAACAUGCCAGACAUCAUCUCUAGGCUUUCUGACCCUGACAUUGGUGUAUCACAGGAUCACUUCCAGGCCAUCAUUAAAUAUAUUUUCUCCGUAAUUGACAAAAAUAAACAAUGUGAAAGUUUAGUGGAGAAAUUAUGUCACAGGUUUCGAGGAACAAGAACUGACCGCCAGGUUCAAGAUCUAUCAUUUUGUUUGUCUCAACUGAACUAUAAAGACAAGGGUUUGGCCAAAUUGAUUGAAAAUUUCAGUUGUUACUCAGACAAACUGGUGGAUCCAGUUGUGUACAAUCAUUUCUCUCACAUACUCAACAAGUCCAAACAGUUAAUUAAAACUGAGGCCAAGACCAAUCUUGAGGAGUUUGAAAACAAAAUUAAAAUGGCUCAUACCAAAGGACUUGAUGGUACAGAGGAGACUUCAGACAGACUCAAACCUUCUGUUUGUGUCAAGGAGAAAAAAACCAAGACUAAAUCCAAAGCUGGUGCCAAGUCGAACAAAGAGAAUGAGGAAGAUGACGGAGAUAACGUACAGAGACCCAGAAGAAGUGUAAGAGCCAGAAGGAGCAAAUACACAAUUGAAUCGGACGAUGAUGAAUUCUUUGAUAUUGGAACUGAAGGGCAGAAAGAGAUAGACCUGGAAGAGGAUGACAAUCAGAUAUUAAAACCUUCUCAGAAAAGAUCUAAACGUGGAAAAGUUGCCCUGACGCCAACAUCUUCACCGAAUUUUUUAUAAAUGUAUUCCUUGUGUCUUUGUAACUUACAAAUUACGGUUGUCACAUGACUACAUAUUCUCAAGAUUGUUUACUCGUUUGUACAGCUUUGAAACCUUAAACUCCACUUUUUGUUUAUGCAAGUCUAUACUGCACAAAACAAUCCCAUUUGUUAUUUCUCUAAGACAUACUGCACAAAACAAUCAACACCUCUGUUUACUUCUUUCAACUACUGCUAUACUGCACAUAGAACUGGUUUACAAAAUUAAACUUUACACUCAAUGUGAAAAAUAAGUAAUGACUAAAAAGCAUUAGUUUCAAGAUUUCAAAGUCAAUUAGAUUUAUGUGAUUUCUUAGGUUUAGUGUUGAUAGUUCAAGAAUAGUGUGUGCCAUGUUUUUGAAUUACUAUGUGUUGACUUUUUUUGUCUCUUUGAACUGUCAAUUUGAUGAACAAAUGUAAUGUUUGCUGAUUGAAUUAAGUUUCAUUUGUUAUUGGUAGAGAUUGUCGUGCUUAAUAAAAUAUUGUAAUUGAAAUCAGAAAUUAUAACUGUUGUUUUGUACACCAUAUUAAAUUAUGGUACAUGAUAUAAUGAGACUUAGUUUUGUUCCUAUGUUGUCACCUUUCUACAACUAUGUAUUUGUAAAUUCUCUAAAGUGUGGUACAUGUUUAUAUUCUAAAAUUGUUUUUUUUUCUAGCUUUUAUUUUGUUUGAAAUAGAACUUGAUCCAUGGUUAAAACUGAAUUUUGUUGUUGGAAAGUUCUAAUAAAUAAUGUUAUUUGAUUAAUGAAUUUUUUGGGUCAAAUAUUGAAGAAAUUUAAAGUAAAACUUUAAGAAAAAAGAAGCAUUAUGUU